UGUGUCUCUAUCAGCGCAGCUUCCUGUCAGAACCACAGCCAUAGCGAGUGUUCCGUGUGUGAAGGUCGUGACUCCACCUGCUGUAACCAUGUCUCUACCAAAGCCAGUCAUGAGAGGGCUGCUGGCCAGGCGUCUGAGGUUUCACCUGCCCAUCGCCUUCGGUCUGUCGCUAUUCGUGGCUCUCGGCUUCAAGUACACAGUGACAGAGCCCAGGAAGCAGGCGUACGCAGACUUCUACAAGAACUACGACGCCGUCAAAGAGUUCAACGCCAUGAGGGAGGCAGGUGUGUUUGAGAGCGUGCAGCCCGCCGGCAAGUGAACCCUUGUGCCACCUCCUGCUCAUUCCUCCUGCGGUGGAAGAUUAUCCUCUUGUAAUUAAAUUAGCAUGAGCAUUGCUGUGCUGUUAUGUUCCUCUGAAUAAACUAUUAUUUCACA